AGAGACACCCAAUAGAAAUCCUCAAGAAGAGACAAGUGAUGUCGUAGAGCACGUGACUUUCAUAAGGUUUUAGUGAUCGUGGUAGGCUACGAGGCGGUAGAUGUGCCAGUCGGGCUUGGUGACAGCAGCGGCAGAUCAUGGCAUCAACCACCGAGCUUGGUUCUGUAGACCUCAAUAUGUCUCUAGGGGAAACACCUGAAUUUCAAGCAGAUAAAGACACCUAUUUGGUGGACUCAACAUUUCCUACAUCAACCCACAAAGCUGUUGGAAUAUAUCUCGUUAUUGUGGGAAUCCUGGGGACAUUUGGUAAUGGGAUCAUCAUUACAAUGUUUAUCCGAUUUCGAACCUUACUUACUCCAACGAACCUCUUACUGAUUACUUUGGCUGUAUCCGAUUUAGGAAUAAUUCUCUUCGGUUUCCCAUUCUCCGCUUCAUCUAGUUUUGCCAACAGGUGGCUGUUUAAUGAAGGAGGGUGUCAAUGGUAUGCAUUUAUGGGGUUUCUUUUUGGCUCCGCUCACAUUGGUGUACUAGCUCUGCUUGGAUUGGACCGUUACCUCAUCACGUGCCGUAUUGAUUUCCGACGGAAAUUGACCUAUAAAAGAUAUUGCCAGAUGAUAUGUGCUGUUUGGGUCUACGCCAUAUUUUGGUCAGUGAUGCCUCUCAUUGGAUGGGGAAGAUACGGACCCGAACCCAGUAUUACCACUUGCACCAUUGACUGGAGACAUAACGAUGGAAGUUACAAGUCUUUCAUUAUCGUGUACUUCGUCCUGGGUUUCCUAGUACCCUUCCUGUUGAUCGCCAUCUGCUAUUUCAACAUCGCUCGUCAGCUGAGUGUCAAGCCUGUUGCGCCCUCUCUGCGUAGUGCUAUUUGUGAUCAGUGGGCAAAUGAAAGGAACGUAACAAUGUUUCUUCUGGCCAUCUUCUCCCUGACGUUGGGGUUGGAAAUUCGAGGAGAAAUCAUACGUGGAUACCCAUGUAUACGUCGCUUGAACCAGCUCUAUUGUCCUACACCAGGAAACAAUUAUCCUAAAGAGAAAAUUGAAGAGUUCAUCGACGAGAAUAAAGCAUUGAUUCGUCGUAUGUUUGGAGAAUACAAUUAUUCUCCUGCUGAUAACUAUACACCACCAGUUCAAGGCCAAUAUGAAACCUAUGAUGGUUACACACUUCACACAAGAUCAAAGAGGGCCACGAACAGUCGAAAUUCCUACAGUACAUCUACAAAUAAGGUUGACGUUUGUGAAUCAGCAGUGGAAAUAGUAACUCCGUACUGGGCGUCUAAUAGUGCAGGAAAGAUCCGAGCUAUUGUUAAUACCCAGCACCUUCAACAAGCUAUUCAGCAAGAAGUGUGCCAGUCCAGAUCAGGACAGACCAAGAGAUGUACAGGUGAUUGCUCCUGCGAACAAAAAUAUAAAUGGCACCGACUGUUAGCGUAUGAUCCUGAUGAUGGAUGCAAAGGGAUUUUCAUGGACUGGUUUCUCUUUCCUUCUUGUUGCGUGUGUCGAUGCUCUAUUCCCACUAGUAAAUAAAGGAAAUGACCGGCCUCCUUUUUAAACUCUCAAACGAGGCGAACAGUCGAGCAAACUGUUUGAAAGGGAGGAGGAUAAAAGCUGCAAAAUGUGGCAACAGUUUAAUUUUGAGCUAGUGUCUGAAGUAUAUGCUUUAUCAAACCAGAGCAGAAUAAUAUUUGUUAAGUUACUUAAGAUAGUGUCCAAGGAAUAGAACGUAUUUAACUCUACAUGCACGCGUUCAUGUGCCAGUGAAUGAUAACAGUAUCCGGAAAUCUCAAGUUUCACAUCCACAUGCUCAUAACGCUUUGCUUUUUGUCUGACAUCGUAAUUUUUCACCGUCGAAGUAUUAAAAAUUCAACAAAUACAAUUUUCUUCACUUAGCUCAAAUGAAUGAAAAUAACCUUGUGACAAUUUCUUUUUGGACAUUACAUGUUGUUUGAUCGUAAAAAAUAUUUGACGUUCUUUCUAAACAGAUUAUGAAGAUCUAUUUGAUAUAAAUCAUCCAUAUAUUGUGCAUUACUACGGAAUAUCACUUAUUGCUACUACUAAAAUAUGUAUAAUUAAAAAUAUCCAACCAUUUUUUGGAAAUGUAUUUCAUAUUGUGAUAAUCAUAUUAUUAAGUCUCGUGAAUAAUAGAAAUGAAAGCAAACUUUCGGGAUAUUUGAGUAAGUGCUGCUGCAGGUUUGUCUACACGUCCUUGUCACGAAUGUUCUACUUGGCCUUUGUAUUAUAUCUAACCAACACACUGAAGUUAGAGAAAGAAACAAUUUUCUCGAGGUGUCCGACAAUUAUUCAAUCAUGUUCAUUUUGGCACCGUUAGAAAAUGUAAUUAGUCGAUUACGGUAAUAUAUGGGACUGUGUUACGGCUAAUUUGA